UAUGCUUCUGAAUUGUGUGUAUUUAAUAUUGCCUUCGCUCAAUUACUUUGAGACUUUUGCGUUUUACAGAGCCGGUUCCAAAGUUUCGCUUACGCGCACUCGCACGGCCUCAACAACUAGCGUGGUGGCUCUUAUACUACAAUAACAGCACUGGAUUAACCCAGCUUGGGCCCAGCAGGCUCUGUCGCGUUGACUGGGAAAUCCCAAACCUGCGCACGCGCUUUCCACAACGCCAGUGCACCUGCUCAUCAUCGCAGUUAGUAUUUUGUUAAUAGCUCAGGGCGUACCGAGCUCUGCUGCAGACCCGAGCGGGCCCAGCUUCUUUGAGCUCCUUCGCCCGCGGAGCUCCUGCACCCCCGCCUGUCACUUGGCAUUAUGUACCAGUAUCCCACGCGGCCAGGGGCGGCCCCGCCCCCGGCUGCGGCCCAAACUACGGCAUUCGGGCAGCCAGCAGCCCAGCAACCGUACGUGCCGCCUCCCCCGCCCGUGGUGGCGCCAGGCCACCCUCCCAACUCAGUGCUCUUCUCCUACGCUUCUGGUUCCGUCACGACCCUGCGACUAAAGGCUGCUGAGGCCAUUCGCUUGCAACCUCCGGUGCCCAUAUCUUCGGUGCUGCUGGCGGAGACGGCCAGUGCGCAGUCGCUACCGCAGCCAGACCUGUCCCUAGAGCGGCAAGUGCUCGGAGAGGCGGAGGCGGGGGGAGGCGGGGCAGGGUCAGCGGGGACCGGCAGCGCCAGCGGGGGGACCGGAGGCAGCGGCGGCGGCGCAUCUGCGGGCGGCGGCAAGGGCGCGUCUUCCUCGGCUUCGACAUCCAGCGACGUGGAGGCUUUUUUGGCCACGAUACAGGCCGGGUCGCUCCCGCGUGAUCCGGCAGUGGCCAUGUUGAGUGCGGACAAGGGCGCCAGCGGCCAGGCGGCGCUGCUGGGCCUGGCAUACGCGCGCGGCGGGCGGGGCGGCACAGAAAAGGCGGGUGACUUUGCCUCCAAGCUGGACCAGCUCACGGGCAUGGGCUUCCCGCUGGCCAUGGCCGCGGGCGCGCUGGCCAAGCACGGCAACGACGUGGAGGCCGCGACCGAGUCCUGCCUGGCAAUCGCGAUGUAGACCCGCCCUUGAGGCAGUCAGGCAUAGGUGAACGAGUUGGUGAAGGGUCCGCAAGCUGGUGGCAGGUGGGGGUGGUGUUGUGGAGUGAGGUGCCGGAGCAGUGGAGUGAUUGGGGCACGGUGCAAGGUGUUCUUGAGGCUCUGAGCCCCAGCAACAAUAUACAAUAAGAUUGGAAUUGAAUGUAACAUAUUCCGAUA